AUUAUCAAUCUCAAACUUGUCAGUAUGUUUUGAAUAUUCGUAAUAUUGCGAGUGUUUAUAAUAAUAUUAUAUAUUGAUUAUAUAAAAAGGUUGAUCUUAACGAAAUAAAAAAUGGGAUUCCGCAUUAUAAUUGCUGGAGAGACUCAAUGUUCUGCUUACGCAGAGACGUGUCUUCUAGCCGAUUAUCUUUCACAAAAUCUUCCAAAUUUUUGUUUCCACUGUAUAGAAAAAUCUGUCAUGGAAUGGAAAUCUUGGUUAUGUAAAGUAAACAUGAAAAAUAAAUGGCAUCAUAAGGAGUCACCUAUUGUUUGGAAAGAAUUAUUGAUGAAGGGAAGUAAAGCACAAUAUAUUGGAGGGGCCUCAGAAUUUUUAGAUUAUUGUUAUUCAUAUUAUAAUUUUGACGCAUUAUUUUCAUCGGAAAAGUAUGCUGGUUUACUUAGCAAUAUUCUACAAUUUAAGAAAAAACUUCAUCUAGAAAAUAUUUUACACCAAUUGGAUGUAGUCAAAAGGCCAACAUUAGAUGCUCCUCCUCAAAAGAAGUUUGUAAUAACUAUUUCUGGGGCCGGCCACUUAUUAGCUAUGCAUUUGAUAUCGAGCUUAGUUGAUCAUAAAAUAAUGGAGAGUGAUAAAACUAUUCACAAAAUCUAUUUGUAUGAUGAACGUUGUACCCCAUCGUUUAUGAAUUAUAUUGAAAAAGAAUGUUCUUACGUCCAAACUGAUAACCCAGGAAAAGACAUAAAAUGUGUCAGUAAAAUUGGGGUUGCACUCACUAGUACUGAUGUACUUAUUAUUCUGGACCAUGUACCGUUUGAUGAAAGUAAACCAAUGGGAACUUGGCUACAAGGAAACAGAAAAAAAAUGAAAGAAUUGGCUCUUAUGAUCAAUGCUUCAGGAUCCCGUAAAAUGUAUAUAAUUUUCCCCAAUUUGGGACCCGCUUGCUAUAAUGCUACAAUUCUGAGGAAUUACGUUAAUAUUAACAAAAACAACAUAGUGGUUGCGACUUCUGAUGUUGGAAUGGAAAUUUUGCCGGUAGUAGCAAAAGUCGCUCAAGUGCCUAUGAGAAAUAUCUUUUGCCCUCCGGUGUGGGGAUUCGUCGGAAUAAACAAAUUAGUUGAUAUACAAACAACAAUACAUAUGUACAACACCUUCAAUCCAUACAAAAGAUACACAAGAGUGAGACAAUCAUCUCUGAAUAUAGGAUCUAUCACUCCCGAAAGGCGUCCUCUAGAUUACCUAAUGCACUUUAAUGAAACUCUAUGGAUGGAAGUAGCCGAGAUGAAAAAAAAGUUUGGACAUGGACAAGCAAGAUUAAGCAAAGCCAUUGCCGUCAUCAGUUUGGUAAAUUUAUGGCUUUUAAACCCGAGCCCCGACCAUAUAGUAUGCCUAGGCAUUUGUUGUGAUGGAUCAUUUGGAUUAAAUUUUGAUGGGAUAUUUUCUCAACCUGCAAGAUUUGUCGAUGGGCGAUGGGAACCAGCUACAGACUUUCUUAUGCCAAAGGAUCGCCAAAUGAAGUUACCAUAUUUAAUUGAUAUAGCCAAAUUGACAAUGACGAUGGCUCCCGAAGAUCUACCAGAAAUUCAUCAAUAUGUUCCUUGCUCGUGUAAACAGAAAACUUACACAAUUAAAGAGAAGUAGU